UGUCUGGCUUUCUGAGGCUGGUAUUAUGUGCAUUGACUCGCGGAGCUAACGGUGCGCUUCUUAGCAGCUAGCAAAUGUAUAACUCACCGUUUCCGAGCUCUUGAUAGUGGCAAGCUAGAUGUUUUUUGUCUGUUGUUGCACAGCCUGUCGCGUUAUAUCAUGAACGUGAUGUUUUAGGUCAUGUGAGUAAAAUGGGUUUGUUAAGGGUAUAGUUCUCGAAGCUCCGCGGAAGAACAUAAUAUACCUGGUCAAAGUUUGUGCUGCGGUCCGUUUACUCGUGGCAGUCUGUGAUGACGUCUACGUGUGGCAUAAGCCGCUAGUGAGUAAGAGCACCAUCUAGCGGGAGAGCCAAGAAAGGCAGCACAGUUGUGAAUCCAACGAAGUUGUUGCGUGGGUUUCGACCCGCAGUCUGUAACUUUUAUAGCCUUAUUGAUGAUAGUGGUGACCUGUCCAGAGCGUCCUGAGCCCAAAUGAGCAACACGUGACUUAGUGUAUUGUUGCUUAUGGCUGCACCACCGGAGCGUUUCGAGCCAUAUCAGCCGAAGAGAAUGAAUGGAAGGAUUCACAAUUUUUCAAGGAAUUUUUGUAGCUUUCAAACACAAUCAAUAGUUUCGUUAAUAAAUCAGAUAAUCAUAACAUAAAUAAUCGAAGUAAUAAUAAACUUGAGAUCGGUUUAUCCCAAUUUAUGAUCAUUUAAAGUUGCGUGUAUGAAAAUAAUUUUAGUUAAUUAUUGUUAGUAAUAUUGUGAAAGUUGGAACAAAAUAUUAAGUUUAAUGAGAAAUGUUAUCUUGAGCCAAUGCAUUCUUCGUUUUUUACACCCAAAUAAAAUGAUUUGAAAUGAGAUGUAGAUGAUUCGAGCUUUAGAAGCUUGUUCUGUCAGAAAUAAUUGAUGGCAUACUUUGUUACUCCUCACCCCGCCUCCCUGUGUUCCCACAAUGCCGUGCGGCUCUCCGCCACACUCGCUGCUGCAGUCGGUGGUCGCUAUAGCGGCGGGGGUCGCGGCAGCUCCGAGUGUCUUCUCGGGAAGACCCCCCGAUCGUAGGGUUGUGUCCCCCACGAAACCAAAAUGUGACACUUUAUCACAGGCGUUUGUUUUAUUUUGUUUUUAAUUUCAACUUAUUUUCGUCCUUCCGCGUUCAUGUUUUCGGUCUUUUCAUGUUUCGCUCAUCUCUGCCUUCUCUCACCUGGACCUGGUGUUUGGACCUAGGAGAAGAUCCCGGGGGGUGUUUGUGUCCGUGGCGUGGACAGUAAUAUGUCCAGACGAAAACAGACCAACCCCUUAAAAGUUGACUGGCCAUUCCACACUUCAGGUAUUCCAGGACUCCAGCACACUAUUAACAUGGACGGCAGGGACGAGUUCACUGAAGACAGCGAGUGCUGCAGCAACAACUCGCAGGAGAUCCUGGGACACGACAGCAUCACAGACAGUGAUAGUGACCCUGACAACCACGGGGAAGACUCGUCCUCCAACACCUCUGCAGACGACCGCAUGACCAACAAGAGAACACAGUAUUGUCUACAAGUAGCAGGGGUCAAAGAGGAGAGUGAAGAAUGGUCGGACAACAGCAACAGCUUUGUCUGCCCUCUCUGCUCUCUGGACUUCAGCAGCCCAGAGAAGCUGAUCUCUCAUGUCUACCAGCACACGAGCAUGAUGAGUAACAGUAAGAGCUACGUGUGCCCGGUGUGUGGGCGAGCCUUGAGUUCUCCUGGCUCCCUGGGCCGACAUCUUCUGAUCCACUCCGAAGACCGUUUGUCUAACUGUGCUGUGUGUGGCGCUCAUUUCACAGACACCAGCAACUUCAACAGGGAGAAGCUUAAGGAUGUCCUCGACACGUCCAGGCUGGACAUGGGGAGUGGCGUGAACUCCUGCUCCUUGUCUCGCUCCCUCUCCAGCAGCCCGUUGGGAAGCCCAGGGCCUGGUCCAAGUCCCAGUUCGUGUCAGGGACCUCGCCCAUGCCAGGCUGCUGAUCUCAACUCCCACCUGUGUCAAACCGACGGUGCUUGCCAGGGGCCGAGUCCCAUCCACAGCCAGUGUGAGGGCAGCAGGUCCUGCUCCGGUUCUGACCAAGGAGCUUCUUUCCCCUCGCUGCCCGACAGUCUCCUUUCUGAGGGUCCGUCACUCGCGUCCAUCCCUGACGCUCUCAACUCCUCAUCCUCUGGUCUCCCCCCCAUCCCGGAUAUCCUCAGCAUCAUGCCUGUUUACCCGGCCGGGGUGUUGUUGGUGUGCAACAGCUGCAUGGCUUAUCAGCAGCUGGUCGACUCCCAGUCCCCGAUGAGGAAAUGGGCCCUGAGGAGGAAGAACGAGCCCUUGGAGGCCCGCCUGCAGCGGCUGGAGCGCGAGAGAACGGCAAAGAAGAACAAGCGAGCGUGCGAGACCGAUGAAGAGAAGGAACUGAGGAGGCUGAGGGACCGUGAAGCCAAACGCAUGCAGAGGAUGCAGGAGACGGAGGAUCAGCGUGCACGGCGGCUCCAGAGGGACCGAGAGGCCAUGAGGUUAAAGAGAGCCAAUGAGACGCCGGAGAAGAGGCAGGCCAGGCUGAUCCGGGAGAGGGAGGCCAAGAGGAUCAAGAGGCGCCUGGAGAAGAUCGAUCCCGCUUUGAGGACGCAGAUCGAGCACGACCCUGCCGCUAUGGCCGCUCUCUCAGCAGACAUGAGUCUCUUCCAGUUCCCCUGUCCCAUGCCGGUGCCACCCAUCGACAACGGUCUGUUCAUGAAGCUGCCCUAACCAGACUCGAGGAUGCAUCUUUGACCACCGCAUUCCAGGCUGGUGAUUCAUUGAUGUCAUCACCAUCACAUCAAAAAUGCUUUGUUUCAGAAAAAAAGUUAUUUAUUCCAGUCAAGAAAACCUCAUCAGGGUUCAGAAUGUCGUGUCCCAAAACGCAUGAUUCUAAAGAGAUUUAUCAGCAGUUCCAACACAAGAGCAGUUACUUCCUUUAGGGAGAAAAUCUUUUUGCACAUGGACAGUAAGGUGCGAGCGAGGACUUUGUAGCCACUGCCUCCUCCUAUCUGGUCCACCCGCCAUCAUUUGGACUCGCUGGUGCUGGUGGUGGUGCCACCUUCUCAGCCGCCAGCGCCAGUCUCUGGAAAUGCAGUCUUCUACCUCAGCGUGGGCCAAACUCUCUGCCCUGAACAUUCAAGCUUCCAAAGCUCAACGUGCAACUACCACAGAGGAUGCAAGUUUUUCUUAUUGUUUUCUCUCAGGCAACGACAAGGACGCCAUGAACGGUUUCACACAUCCAGCCUUGGUCUGCUCUCUGCCAACGUUUGCUUCGCUACACUCUUGACCUGCCAAUGUUUGAUACCUGUUUUGUUACAGAGCUUUUUUGGCUCCGAUCUCAGUCUGCUGCUGUCAUUGUACUGUACCACACAUUUGUUACCUCUUGAGAUGCAUAUGAAGAGCUUUUCUCCGAAACGUGGCAAAUCCAUUCACUCGCAAACCGCCAUCAGCUGUACAGAACUUAAAACACAAAUUUUUUGACUCAGUGGGAGUGGGAAGCCCCAAACACACACAAUGCAGUGAUGAGUGUUGGUCUUGCUGUGCUGGUUUGUUGUGGCUAAUAAACAGGCGUAUUUACCGCAGUAGAGUUAAAAUUCCUACCACAUUUAUGAAGCAUUUGCGACGGCAUUUCACCAAUCAAAACUGCAGUGAGAAAGAAUGGAACGCUGAUUCAGUGUGUAAAUGUACUCGGUGGUCACUCAAAUAUAGAGUAAGACCAACAGUAAUGGAGCCGUUUCAGUUCAGAACUUGCUGACAUGCUUUGGAAAAAAGCUCUUCAUAUAUUAUGUAUAUGGAUAAUACUUGUAUAUUUAUUUGCUCGUUAGAAUUUUAGGAUUCAUUCAAUGUUUUGUUAAACAGUUCCCGUCGGAUAGUAACCUUGGAGGGAACGCUUCCUUCAGCAUGAGUCAUAACAUGGCAUCCUCUGCCGAGUCGAUUUGGUAAAUUAUUUUUCAAACCGCACUGUGCAAAGUUUGACCUCAUUCCAGUGGAUACAUAUGCAAUCUGUCGUGAAUCUCUAUGUAUUUGUUGAACUGUUCUGUUCAGAGAUUGUCUUUAGUUUUGCUCACGAUAUCAGUUUGCUAAAGUCUGCGAUUGACAGUUACUUCAACAACUUAUGCAGGGCACAUUAGGGGGUUACUAAAGUUCAAAUUUACAAUCAUGUUGCAUCAUUUUACGAUAUUACCGUCAUAAUUCAACACAGAUGAAGGUCUGAAUAUCGUGCUGCUCAUACUCUAGUUGUCCAAAAUCAGUAUUUGAAUUUGUUCAUUUUUCUCCAACUACUUGUUAGCCAGGCCUGUUUGAGUGAAAGCAGGCCAGGAAGCUUAUUGGUGUAUAAUUUAAGUUCCAAAUUUUCAUUUCAAUUCAUGAAUCUGGUUUGUAUUUUCAUUCAUACACAUGAACGCUUGCCACGGUUGUUGAAUCAGAGCUCAACUUCUGUGCUGCGUGAGUCUCAGUAGCUGUUCGAAACACCAUGUGCUCCGAACCUGACCGUGUGUGACUCUCAAAAGCAGACCCCGUGCAGCAACAUCUUCAGGCAUGAGGACUCUAUAUCGCCAAGCUACAGGUCAAAGUGGCUGACGUACUCUCAUAGCGUUGGAUAGUGUCUGAUAGAAACCGCUUGUACCCUUCGUAUGAGCAGUUGAAAUGAGAUGGCGGGGCUCUUAGAUGGGACGAUAAGGUCAGUCAUCCACGAGCAACUCACCAUAGAACUGCUGCUGUGGAUCCAAUUUUUUUUUCAGAAUUCAUUCCAAAAGUUUUUUCCAGAUCUUCAGAUAACCAAUUUUGGAGGGCAGGCGAGUUUAUUUUGAAGAUCUGUCUGGACAUAUGUAAUGUGAAAUAUUAUCCCAAUUUAACAUAAACUCCUGGGGACUUCAGUUCCUUGUCUCACCUGUGGUCACCAGUCAUGGGCCAGGAGCAAGGCAAGGACACAAGGGGUGAAACGAUAGAAGGACUUCACCACAGUUCUCCUGGAAAGACAAGCCACUUGAAGUCAGGUCUGACAUCGAAUACGUAAAGUGUUCCUUACUUUGAGUCUUCGAUGAGCUGGAAAGCUUCCCGUGGGGUCUGUUUUGUGUAUUUAGGACUCUCGCGACCCACAACUCUGUUAUGCAGGACUUAUAGACUGAAUUAGAGAGUACAGUAAAGGGAGGGUGCGUUUAGCUGGACAGUACUAUUGUCACUUUUGGUCUCUCGAUCUGUGCUGUUGCGUGACCUUUUAGAUUGUACUUGGUGAGCAGCGUUUGACUCGCUCCUAGAUGGUCUCUCAGAACCUUCUAGGUGGGACUCAAACUUCUAUGCAAUGGUAAAGGUUUUUUUCAUUGACAUUCACAGGAACUAUGCAGACUUCAAGUUCAACAGACUUUUAAUGUAAAGUGAUCUCAGGCAGACUAACUCAGUGACGGGACUCAAAGCCUGAUCUCACCCACUCCAUCAACUGAUUCGUCGCGUGACUUUAUUUGAAGACACUUUUGUUACUCACAUUAGGGCAACAGGGUCGCACUGCCAUGUUUCUCCUGACGGUCAGAGGCACAUCUUCAAAAACCAGGUACUAUGAAUACUGGGUAUUCAUCUCAUCUCUGUCAAUCCAGAUCUUCUUCAGCAGCAUAAACGUGUUCCUAGUUUCAAGGGAAGUUCAGUCAGUGAGCAGAACUUUUCAGUACGGAUUUGUUAACCUCUGCAUGCUGUGAAACUGCACUUGUCCCGGAAUGGUUUAAUACAAGCUUGUGUUCGUUGAUGCCUGCCUCUUUUAUACAGAUUAAACUGAAGAUUCUAUUAUGAAUUCCAUCAGGAUUUCCUCUCGAUGUCUAUGUUUACAGAAUAAAUAUCCGAAGGUGGCCAAAUGAACUGCUGGCGAGGACAGCUGUGCUUGCUGCUGCAUUUUGGACUGCGUGUCGUCCCACUGUUCCCGGUUUAACAGAUGUACAGAUUAUGUUUGAAAUUUGCCGAUGAAUGUGGAAAUAAACAU